ACCCAGAUGAUAAAAUGGAUCCAACAAACGCAAACGCAAGGGUCUGCAGGCCUGACCGCCUUCGUGCGUCUCUCUAAACUCUCGUCUUGGCCUUAUUGUAAAGUGCAUUGACAAUCAAGGACAAUCAACCAACAAAACAUCUAUAAUAGAAACCCCGCUCACUCUCCUUUUCAAAAUACCAGCGCCGACUCUUCGACUCCUCCUUAGAUAUCAACCCAGAACCGCCAAUCAUUAUUCAAACUUUUCCCGAUGAUUCACGAUUAAGAGGCGAUGCGAAUCUUGUGAGAAGCCUCCCAGCCUCACUCACUCUUCUCGACGCGCGCAUCGUCAACUCUUCGAGCAAACAACGACGCAGAUAAGAUGUCAGACUCGACGCCUGAUGGCACUUCGCCUCGAACCUUUGCGCUCAACCACUUGAGACCAAAAUCAAGUUUCAAGGGAUGCUCCCGUAUUUCCGACUAUGAAUUGUUGGGCAAGCUGGGAGAAGGAACCUUUGGUGAGGUUCACCGCGCCCGCUUGCGCAAGACCGGCACACUUGUCGCCUUGAAAAAGAUCAUCAUGCAUCAUGAAAAGGAUGGCUUUCCCAUUACCGCCCUUCGCGAGAUUAAGCUUCUCAAGCUCUUAUCGCACAAGAACAUCCUGAGGCUCGAGGACAUGGCCAUCGAGCACCCAACCAGACAGACCGAUAAGCGCAAAAAGCCCAUCGUAUACAUGGCCACUCCCUAUAUGGAUCACGAUCUUUCCGGUCUUCUCGAUAACCCCUCGGUCCAUUUCAAGGAGCCUCAAAUCAAGUGCUACAUGCUCCAACUGCUCGAAGGCCUGCGAUACCUCCACGACAGCCGCAUUCUGCACCGAGACAUGAAAGCUGCCAACCUGCUCAUCAACAACCAAGGUAUCCUUCAGAUUGCCGAUUUCGGUCUCGCUCGACACUACGAAGGAGAUGUUCCCAAGGCUGGUCAAGCCUACGGUCCAGGAAGGCGAGAUUAUACUGGUCUGGUGGUUACUCGAUGGUACCGACCACCUGAGCUUUUGCUACAACUACGGCAAUACACCCCCGCUAUUGACGUUUGGGGAGUAGGCUGUGUGUUAGGCGAGAUGCUCUUCGGAAAGCCCAUUCUGGCCGGCGAAAGUGACGCACAUCAGCUUGACAUGAUCUGGGACUUGAUGGGAUCCCCUAAUGAAGAUAAUAUGCCCGGGUGGAAGCAGUUGCCUGGGGCUGAUCAUCUGUCCCCGCGGCCACGAACUGGCAACCUCCAGAACAGAUUUAGAGAGUACGGCUCAGGCGCGGUCUCGUUACUGAAAGAGCUUCUUAAGCUAGACUGGCGGACACGAAUCAACGCAGUGGAUGCCUUACAACACCCAUGGUUCAAGAUGGCGCCUCUACCGUUAGAGCCCCACGAGAUUCCCGUUUAUGAAGAAAGCCACGAGCUGGAUAGAAGAAAGUUCCACGACCGCAAGGCUGCCUUGCCCCCUGCCCCCAAGGGUGGGACUGUAGGUAUUGGCCCAGAUGCGAAGGGCGCCACAGCGGGCUUCAACAGCAAUGAGCCUUACGGAAAUGGCCGUAAUGGUGUGAACGGAGGCAGAUACCGCAACGGACCAGAUGAAAGGCGCCCCGCUUGGCAACGAGAUCGAGGCGCCGGGUUACCGCCACGUCCACCUCCGAACGACGACGCGGACUAUCGUGAGCGAGGACCCCCUCGUGGUAGAGGAGCACCUGGGCCAAGAGCCCCAGAUGUCGACACGUACAUACCCGCCUAUAAUCGGGAUGACCCAGGUCGACGGAGGGACGACCGCCCUCCUCCACCACCCAGAGAUGAUCGUCGGCGCCGCAACAGCAGAGAAGACCGACGCUACGAUAGAGACCGUGGCACCAUCAGCCGCAGUAGGUCACCCAGGCAUGAUCGGUCAAGAGAUCGAGACAGGCAAGACCGUGAUAGGCCAGACCGUGAUGCGUACCGGAGAUAGGAUCAAGCGUCAGCGAUGCCGCCUCACGUGUACACAGGCCACAAACGGAACAAAGAUCCAGUACCAUCUCCAGGAGGGAUGAGAUUAGGACAUGGAUAGUACAGGCGUUUGAAGGCGAACAACCGAGACUAAUCACAUGUCGAUUCGGGCAUAGCAGGACAUGGCGCAACGGAUUGAUACGACCCAAGUAAACAAGUAAGGAAGAAGAAGAAUAUCCUUGGAAAGGCUGAGUGUCUAGCAUUAUUACAUGAGCGGCGCAUGGUAUCAGAGGAUUUUGGCAGGUUGAUCCUCUCGUCUAAGAACAUAUAUUAUGGGAUUAUCCAUAGCGUAGAAGUUUGCAGCUGAGCUUUGAUGUACUAUAGCGCUUAUACACGAUCAAUACUCUGAAUCAUCAUCCUCCUCGUGAAUGGUCUGCGAUAGUAGGCCACCAGCUGGUCGGCGCCUUUGACUGGAAGAGUCAAGCCAUUGCCAGUCGAGCUCAGUGCCUGAAGAUUGCGAAUCUCGUCGACUGCUGGUUUCGAGCAAACUGCCCUUAGUAGUUGACCCCCCGGAGUCGAUAUCGUCACUCUGCAUUCCUAGGUAGGACGUGAUGAUGGAUGAGAAUAUGGCCAGGCCGAUGCCAGCCAAGAUGCCGACGCCAGCUGCAGCACCAAACUAGAAGUUGUUAGAUUGAGAUGAGUCCACGUGAGUGUUGGCCUUACAAAAGUAUACAGCGGCUAUAGGAUGUUAGUUAAAUCUCAACUGACUCUCAUGUGGCAACAUACCUCUAAGCUAGCCAGAAACGCCCAUACAGAACGCACGCCAGCAAGUGUGUAAGAGAAGAGGUAAAUAGCCGGUGCAAACACAACGAGAAGAAUGUUGAGGACAAAUGACAAGGGUAUGAGAAUUAGGCGGAAAGGAAAGCUGAUUAUAGCGAAAAGCCGUGAGAAGAACCCUGACCAGUUGAAGGAGAAGAGGAAGCUGAAUACAGCGACAACGAUGUCGAAUGCGAGUAUGAAUGGAGAGACUGUGGGUGAGGCUUGCUCUGAUGUCGCUGCCACAAUUGUGGAAGUUGGGAGUGACGAUUCGGACAUUUUGGUUAGAAGAGGUUGUGGUGUUGAUGGUGAGUUGGGUGAGGUUGUCUAGGGAGGGAGGAUCACAUCACUACAGAUAUGGAAGAGUGAUAGGGGCUAGAUGAGGCAGCUCAGUAUAAGGACGUGUCUAUACGAUAGUAUUCUUGGAAGUGUCAUGUGUUAAUUAAUGAAUGUGCUGUAGUAAGUCAAGGCAUGUUAUAAGUUAGAGCUCCCUUGAGCUGUUGUAGAUUGUGGAGGUAUGGGAAGC